UCACAGUUGUCAUUGCAAAACUUCGUCGUUGAAUCGGUUGUUUUUGGUGGUUUUCACUGUUUCGAUCAUAUUAUAGUAUUUUGUUUUUUCCUACUUUUAGUUUACAUAUAAAAUAGUCCAAAAUAAUAACAUAAAAAAAGGAGGCUGUGCAAUCCGUAGUUUACAUAAGUUGACAAACGUAAAACUUAAGUGAUGUGGAAAAGAGCACCAUUGUUGUUGGGUGCUUCACACGUUGCUCCUUCGCCUAUCCCUAAUUAUCAUCAUACGUUUCUCUGUUCACCUAACCAUUUCCAUUGUGCUCCGUACACGCUUCGCUUCUGCAACAUAAAAUCGUGCGUGUGAAAUUUUAUAUUUUUCGUUUUUUUUUUGUACUUGCUAUACGCGCUGACCACAGUCGCCGCUUAAAUUAUCGGUGGUGUCCAUUGCGGCGUUGUAUCAUAUAAUAUGGGCAUUCAAAGAGACCUCGAUGUCGUCAGGAAGUGCCGCAAAUCAUUACUUCAACUUACGAUGAUCACCUCAAUUGUUGCUGCUGCCACAAUGACAAAUAUUAUAGGAAGUGUUGGAGCUGAGAAUCCAGUACCGACAAAUGAACAGACCUUGCAACUAAAUCGCCGCGCCGUCGCUAUCCCGUACUGUGACGAUGAUAAUACAGAUCACACUAUAGGACGCAGACUACUGUAUAUAACAACGCUAGACGGCCGUUUGUCUGCACUUGACGUCAGCAAAGGCGGUAAAUUACUUUGGAGCGUGCCAACCGGUCCUGGACCGCUCAUAUCGUCUAGCAUACAUCGUCUUGAAUUGACAAAUAAUGGACAAUUCGUGCGUAUGAUACCUUCCUUGAGUGGGGGCAUUUAUAAAUUCGAUGGUGACUCCAUUGAUCCCAUACCGAUAACCACCGAAAAUUUGCUUAGCUCCUCGGCGAAAUUCUCCGAUGAUCUGGUCAUUUCGGGUGGCAAGGAGACACGCACAUAUGGUGUAUCCGUACGGACGGGCCAACUGUUAUACGAGUGUUCCAUGAAUGGCUGCAUUAAUUCAACAGACGCAAGAGAGCCUGCAACUAGCGACGAUAAAAAUGGUAAUACAAUUAGCGGCGAUGAAACGCAAAUGGAACACAACCCCCUCAUUGAUGAUGUGAUUGUUGUGCGUCGACAGACACAAACUGUACGCGCUGUGGAAUCGCGGACCGGUGUCGAACGUUGGAAUUUCAGUGUGGGUCAACACGAGUUGAAUAUGAUUAGACCGGCUGAAUGCCACGAUCGUCCAUACAGCGACAUGGAUAUGGCCAUGUUGGAUUUGGAUAUAAAGGUGGUGGUGCCGGAGGGUGUAAUUUGUGCGUUCAGCAAAACAGAUCCGAAUGCAAUGCUGUGGAAAUACAAGUUUGAUCAUCCCAUUGUGAGCGGUUGGAAAAUUGGCGCAGAUGAUGAGCUAGAAACGAUCGAUUUGUUUAGCUCCGCUCAGUGGAUAUGGGACCAUGCGGAUAAUAUAUUCGAUCCGCCCAUACAAUCGAUGAGUCCCUCGAUUUAUCUCGGCAUGUAUGAUAAGCAAUUAUAUAUACAGGAAUCGGUCACUUUGCGCCGAGAGAUCGACGAUCAGUCAAAUUUAUACAGACACCUAACAACCGACUCCCCGAUGCCAGUAAUACCUUGGCGGCCCAUACCAGCUAGUAGUAAUUCUUUGGCAGUAAUAAAGAAUGAAAAGGCGCUAACAGAUGGCAAGCCGUUGGAGUCAUCAAAUGCCGUUACCAUACUGCCGAAUACAAAUGAAGCUAUACAAGGCAAUGAGUUGGUACCCUAUGAUGAAGAACGAUUUGCGCUCUCAGCACAAUCUGUACUUAAUGCCUCAGAGUUUGUGAAUGGCAAUGGUUUUUAUUUAUAUUCCCGUGAGGACAUGAAUCGCAACGAAAAUGUGCGCUGCAUAACCGAUGAGGAAGAGGAAGACGAGGCAGAAGAAGAUGAAGAAGGUGAUGUAGAUCUAGAGGAUGUGAUGGAUGGUGAUGAUAAUGGAAAUGCUGUGAAUAACACCAAUCAUUCCGGUAGAGUCGAUUUGGGUUUUAGUCUUGACGACAUGGAUGCACCCGUAAAGGUUGUCAUACUGUCACUAUGGUUUUGGUGGAAGGAAGUUGUUGUAAUCGCUUUGACUACUGCAGUUCUAGUGAAUCUAUUCUUGGGACAACGACAGCGUCAAGAAGUUUUGGUAAUUGAACGUCAUGUGCCAGUGCCCACCGCUUAUGAGGCGACCGAACAGUCCACAGUUGCACUUUUGGGUCCCACAAACGUUUGCGUUAAUGGCACUGCGAACGCUUCCGCCAAUGUGCAUCGUACACUUUCAGAGUCUACCUCUUGUUCGGGUGAACACUUCAGUUCGCGCUUCCAGGGUGAUUUCGAUUUAAUGCGCUGUCUGGGACGCGGCGGUUUCGGUGUUGUUUUUGAAGCGAAAAACAAAUUGGAUGACUGCAAAUACGCGGUGAAGCGUAUAACUUUGCCAAAUAAGAAGGAAUCGCGCGAACGCGUCAUGCGCGAGGUGAAGACUUUGGCCAAUUGCGAGCAUCAGAAUAUUGUACGCUACUUUCAGGCUUGGGUUGAAACCCCACCGCCUGGCUGGCAGGAAGAAGAGGAUAGCAAGUGGUUGGCACACGAGAUGUCUAUGUCCAUACAAAUUGAGACGCCCGACGGCACAACACUGCCUUCCUUCGAAAAUGCAUCACUGCCACAGCAGCCGCCGCGACGUCAAUUGCAGGUCGAGCGAAAACGUCAAUUGCUCUCUUGGAUGUCUAGCCUGAAUAAUACGGACUGUGGUUCCGAACACGAGCAUGACAAUUGCAUUGAAGAAGAUGAAGACGACGAUUCUUGCAUUAUAUUUCGCUCAGAGUCGCAGUCGCUGGCAAUGAAAUGUAGCGAUGAAAUCGAUGAUGAGAGCGAUAGUGACAGCGAGGAAGAAAGCAAAACGAAUAGCACUAAAAAGGACAAGCAAGUGAAUGGCAAGAAGUUGCAUACAAAUUCCAUUUCCAUUGACAUUCAUUCCAAUUCAUUUGAUAUGAGUUUGCCGAAGAACGGCAAGAAUAUGGAUUAUUCACAACUCUCCGACUCCUUUCAAAUUGAGUUUGUGCGUUCGGCGAACGGUGACGAAACCAACGAAGAUAGCGGUUGUGCUGGCCAAACGAAUGGUGACGUGUGGACUUCAAAGGAUUUGGAACGUUCAUUAAACGACAACAACUACACAACAAACACUAAAAGCAAACCACGCCCCGCCUCCCUAGAACUGGGCAAAUUUGCCACAAAUAUUGAGAAUAGCAAUAACAGCAAAGCACUGCUGCCGGCCUCGGCAUUGUUGCAAGCCACACAGAAGCCGCAGCAAAACAAGGUCUAUCUGUACAUACAAAUGCAGUUGUGCCGAAAGGAGAGUCUACGCGAUUGGCUGCGCGAAAAUCGCUGUGAGUCACGGCAGAGUCAUAUCGCCAGCAUUUUCCACCAAAUAGUCGAUGCGGUGGACUAUGUGCAUUUAAAGGGGCUCAUACAUCGCGAUCUCAAGCCCAGUAAUAUAUUCUUCUCACAAGAUGGUCAAAUAAAAAUCGGUGAUUUUGGACUCGUCACCGAUAUGUCCGAGAUACCGAAUAUGGUGACAAAGUGUGGCGACACCACCGGUCUGCCAUCGUGCGCACGCCACACACAACAAGUCGGCACGCAUUUGUAUAUGUCACCCGAACAGCUGCGUGGCCAACACUACGACUUCAAGGUGGACAUUUACUCGUUGGGUUUGAUCUUCUUCGAGUUGCUCGUAUUCUUCGGCACCGAAAUGGAGCGCAUUAAAACGUUGCGCCAGCUCCGAGAUGGCAACUACCCACAGGAGUUUCCACAUAAUUACCCCAACGAACACGAACUACUCCAGUUGAUGCUGUCCAAACAACCCGCCGAGCGUCCGGCGACCACAGAGUUGAAACUCAAGUUACUCGAUAUACUUAAAUGGCCAGACUUCACUGCGGCUGACGGCGAUCCGAUGGCAAUGGUGGCGGCGGCGGCACGACGCUACAGUCGCAGUCGGACACUCAGCAGCAGUGAAGCGUGAAAACGUCUUACAUAUACACAUGCAGAUAACUUGAUGCCCGUGUAGUUAGUUAAUUUCUAAGUUAAUUUAAGCAAUAAACGUUUAGUUAUAUUGCGUAAUAUACAGAAGGGUUUGCAAAGCUCACCAUUAAUCGUAUUGAAAUUGAAGCUUUAAGCUAACUUACGGUAUCCAGUUGCUCUUAAAAAAGACUUAGAUUUUUACAAUAUACACACAUAUGUACAUAUGUAGGUGUGUGUGCAAAUUGUUUUUUAAUUGGUAAAUGAUUUGAAAAUGCCUGUAAACCGACUUAGUCUCGUGGAUUUUCGUGCAUGUCUGCCGACUAUACAUGUACUCGUGCUAUUUGAAUGUGUAGUUAGUUUGGUAAUUUCUUUUUUUUAUCCUUUAAAACGUGCGCCAUCAAAUUUUACAUUUAUAAGCUGAAUCGUUGAGUAUGCAAGAUAACGCUAGGCAAUAAAUCUAUCCACAAGUAAAUACGGCUAGUAUUACUAAUCCCAUGAUUGACGUGUCUUCAAUAUUUCAUUUGAAUAAGCUCCAUACUAUUUCAUUUUAAAAAGCUUCAAAAUAUCCACGAAAGUAAUUAUAUUUAUUUAUUUUCGUGUUUCAUUCAUCUACUCACAUUCUUUUUUAAAUGCUUUUGACUUCCGCCUUUUCAGGUGGAACAUUAAUUUAAGGACAUAGCAUACAUACACACAUACAUACCUAUGUAAUUAGUAGUAUUUUGACUACCCUAUAUAUUAAAAAAAAAAACGAUAAUAAAAAUAGUUAAAUAAGUAA